AUGCUGCGACUGUGCGUUGUUUUGCUCGGUGUUGUGAUUAUUUUAACAAUUUUAGGCCCUGCUAGCGGAGGAUUGCCACUGGUGGCUACAACCUGGGGCUUCACUAACGCCACCCUAAGAGCAUUCCAAUCACUGACGGUGGGCGAGUUUGAUCCGAUCGAGGCGCUGGUUGAGGGAUGCAGUGUGUGCGAACGGGAACAGUGCGACGGGACGGUUGGAUUCGGUGGCAGUCCGGAUGAGAAUGGGGAAACGACACUCGACGCAAUGCUUAUGGACGGUAAUACGAUGGAUAUCGGUGCGGUAGCGGCAUUGCGCGAUGUAAAACAUGCGGCCGAAGUGGCCAAAUAUGUGUUGCGGAACACCAAACACACGCUGUUGGUUGGUAGCCAGGCCACCGAGUUUGCUGUUAUGAUGGGCUUCAAGAAGGAGUCACUGCAAACGGACGCAUCGAAGAAUAUGUGGAGUGAAUGGAAAAAUAAUCACUGUCAGCCAAACUUUUGGAAGAACGUUAUCCCCUCUCCAUCGAUGUCCUGCGGUCCGUACGAGCCAGUAUCUGCCAACACCAUCCAUCCUACUUCGGACUGUUUCUCCGAGAAUUCGUCAGAUCGGUCCGAAUUUUCCUUCGGUCGUUACAAUCACGACACAAUUAGUAUGAUCGUAAUCAACGAAGAGGGGCAUGUGGUCGCUGGCACGUCCACGAACGGGGCACGCAAUAAGAUCCCAGGGCGGGUUGGAGACUCUCCAAUCCCCGGUGCAGGAGCAUACGCCGACUCGGAAGUUGGUGCAGCGGUGGCUACAGGAGACGGAGAUGUUAUGAUGCGUUUUUUACCAUCUCUAUUAGCAGUGGAGGCAAUGCGCAGUGGGCUAGGUCCAGCUGAGGCAGGUCAGCAAGCUAUAGGAAGGAUUGCGAAAUAUUAUCCUUCCUUUUCCGGUGGAAUUGUAGUCGUGACGAAGGAUGGAAGGUAUGGAGCUGCUUGUCACGGUAUGGAAGAGUUCCCAUACUCGAUAGCCGAUGGGACCGUAUCGCAAGGGGAUGUACAUGUGCUCACUGUCAAAUGUCAAACAAAUUAA